UAAUAAAAAAUAAUUCAAUUGAUCGGCAUAUGUUUCACCCUAUCAAUUCAGAGGCACCCGGUGUCGGCUUGUUUUGUUUGGUUUCAAUCAAUGCCAAAAGUUUUUUAGGCAAAUUAGAGGGUCUAUUUCUCGUGGAUAUCAAUUAUAAAGGUUUGAAAUAAAAUUCCUCGUAAAAUACAAGUGUUGAUCAAUUUUCACAUAAAUAAUUCCCGUCUGAUUGAAUAAAUUAAUAAAGAAAUGGCUCUCGUUAAACCAAAAUCUGAACUGACACCUGAAGAGCUCGCCCGCCAGGAGGAAGAGGAGUUCAACACUGGCCCUCUUUCGGUACUCACACAAUCUGUUAAGAACAAUACACAAGUGUUAAUCAACUGUCGGAAUAACAAGAAACUUCUUGGUCGCGUUAAGGCUUUCGAUCGUCAUUGCAACAUGGUCUUGGAGUCUGUGAAAGAAAUGUGGACUGAGCUUCCACGUACAGGGAAAGGAAAGAAAAAGGUGAAACCUGUUAAUAAGGAUCGCUUCAUAUCCAAAAUGUUUUUGCGUGGAGAUUCAGUGAUUUUGGUAUUGCGAAAUCCAUUAGCAACAGCAGCAGGCAAAUGAAAGAUUCUGCGACUACUGAAUUUAGAGAUUAAUGCAUAAAUAUAGUCAACAAUGAAUAAACGAAGUAAUAAUUUUGAUAAAGUCUUACAAAAAUAAAAGUAAACUUGAUUAA